UCUCUGCACCGGGUUGCCUGCUGCCUGCUGGCUCCUGGGAGCAACGAAGGCAGGGAGAGAAGGGGAGAAGGGGAGGUAAAGAGAGCACAGACACACAGAUACAGAUACACACUCACUCACAGAGAGAGCGCCAAGCAGCUAGGCAGCAGCCAGCCGAGCUCGCAGUGUCUGGCAGACCAUGGAAAGGGGACGGAGGAUCGAGACCGUCACCGUGCGCGCGCCCAGCAGCCUCGUCUGAAGGCUCGCUCGUAUAACCGAGCCCUUACUAGUCUAGUUCGUUCGUGCGCCUCUGGACCGAUCUGCGUCUGCACUCUAAGAUCCCAUUUCUCCCGUGUCUUCUUCGGCGUUCCUGCGAACAACACCCUCCGUUCUGACAGAAGAAGCUGAGUGCUCGCCCGCUGGCCAGAGUUCCGCCGUGGUUAGUUACGUCAAGGCCCUGGUCUUUGAGAAGUAGGACAUCAGAGCCAGAGAUGGAGCAGCUUUCAGAUGAGGAGCUGGAUCAUGCUGCAGAAGAGGAUAGUGACAAGGAGGACCAGGAUCUAGACAAGAUGUUCGGAGCCUGGCUCGGGGAGCUCGAUAAACUGACCAAGAGCCUUGACGAUGGGAAACCAGAGAAGAUGCAGAAAGCCCCACUCAGACAGGAGACCAACCUGGCCAACUUCUCCUACCGCUUCUCUAUGUACAACAUCAAUGAGGCUCUGACCCAGGGCGACCCAGUGGACCUGGAUGCUCUCAUGGCGGACCUCUGCUCAAUUGAGCAGGAGCUCAGCACCAUCAACAAACCUAGUGGCGGCUCUGUCCGGCUUUCCGUGCCUACUGACAGCAAGGGCCGCCAGAGAUCCUCUGCAGGACGGGUGGGGGGCAGCAGCAGUGCCAGCAGCAGCACCCGAGCCUCGCCUGCUUCCACCCUACGUGGGAGCAGCAGCCGCAGCCGGCCGCUGGCCUCCAACUACUCCUUGGAUGACAUCACAGCCCAGCUGGAGCAGGCCUCACUGAGCAUGGAUGAGGCUGCCCGCCAGAGUGGGCCCUCGGUGGUUCCAGCCUCCUCUUCCUCCUCUGCCUCCUCUGCUUCUUCCUACAGCUCAUCCACCAUGCGACGCCCUGCCUCCUCGCAUCAGCACCACCGCCGUACAGGCUCGGCCGGGGCUGUCAGUGACCAUGACGUGCGCUCCAUCAGCUACUCCUCACGCUCCAGCAUCAACUCAGCAUCCGCCUCCAGCAUGGACUCGCUUGACAUUGACAAGGUGCUGAAGCCCAUGGAGGUGGAUGGGCAUCGGCAGCCAUCCCCAGGACCAGGACAGGGCAACGAACAGCCCAGUUCGGAGCACUCCUAUCUGGACAGGGAAACCUCCCUGAUUCUGAGAAACAUUGCAGGAAAGCCCUCUCACUUGCUGACCAAGGAGGAACAGGCUGCCAAGCUGAAGGCAGAGAAAAUCAGAGUGGCUUUGGAAAAAAUCAAGGAGGCACAAGUGAAGAAGUUGGUGAUCCGGGUGCACAUGUCAGACGAGAGCUCCAAGACGGUGAUGGUGGAUGAGCGCCAGACAGUCAGACAAGUACUGGACAGCCUGCUAGACAAAUCUCACUGCGGCUACAGUCCCGACUGGUCCCUUGUGGAGACCAUCAGUGAGCUCCAAAUGGAGCGGAUCUUCGAGGACCACGAGAACCUGGUGGAGAACCUGCUGAACUGGACCCGGGACAGUCUGAACAAGCUGAUGUUUAUCGAGCGCAUCGAGAAGUACGCUCUUUUCAAGAACCCCCAGAACUACCUGCUGGGGAGGAAAGAGACGUGCGAGAUGGCUGACAGGAACAAGGAGGCUCUGCUGGAGGAGUGCUUCGGUGGCACCUCCGUGUCAGUGCCAGAGAUGGAGGGUGUGCUGUGGCUCAAGGAGGAUGGGAAGAAGUCAUGGAAAAAGCGCUACUUCCUCCUGCGUGCCUCUGGGAUAUACUAUGUGCCAAAGGGCAAAGCCAAGACUUCCAGAGACUUGGCAUGCUUCCUGCAGCUGGACCAUGUGAACGUGUACUAUGGACAGGACUACCGCAGCAAGUACAAAGCGCCCACAGACUACUGUAUGGCACUCAAGCACCCCCAGAUUCAGAAAAAGUCUCAGUACAUCAAGUAUCUGUGCUGUGAUGAUGUCAGGACUCUCCACCAAUGGGUCAAUGGAAUUCGCAUUGCCAAGUACGGGAAGCAGCUGUACGUGAACUUCCAGGAGGCUAUGAAACGCACAGAGGCAGCCUAUGACUGGUCCUCCCUCUCCAGUUCCAGCAUCAAGUCCGGUUCCAGCUCGUCCAGCCUGCCAGAGUCCCACUCCAAUCACUCCACCCAAUCAGACAGUGGCGUGUCGGACACCACAUCCUCGGGACACGUGCGCUCCCAGAGCGUUGUGAGCUCCAUCUUCUCAGAGGCGUGGAAACGAGGCACGCAGAUUGACGAAACGACAAAGGUAAAGGUGGAGAACAGUAGAGGAUCCUACCCACCACAGAUGCCCCCAAUGGUGCAGAUGCCCCAAAUGCCUCAAAUGUCACAGCAGCCCCCCCAAACUCGCAGCAGUUUCCCUCAAAUAUACCCACAAUCGUCUCCGCCUCCACCCCCACCUCCACCUCCUCCGCCGCCCCCAAACCCCGUCCACCAUUCAGCCCCCACCAUGUUCACCAAGUACAGCACCAUUACCCGCCUUCAGAAUGCCUCCCAGUCCUCCAGUCACUUCAAGCCGACACCCCUAAUCCAACAGGAGCAGCUGCCCCCAGCCCCACCACCCCAGUCUGUCAAGCCCAUCAUGCAUUCACUUGUAGCUGCCAACAUCCCACCUCCACCGCCACCGCCACCACCUCCAGCUGUGCCUGUACCUGGCUCUGCCAUGGCCGUGCUGAAGAUGGGACCACCCAGCCCGGGUCUCCCCCAGUUCAGUCCGCCUGCCCCAUACCAAACACAGCAACUGCCGCCCCCAGUCCACGUUCAAAACAAUGGCGUACCCCCUACCCCACCCCCAACUCAUCUCAAGUAUCAACCUCUCAGCAGCAAUGGCCUCCAGCAAGUACUGGCCCAGAAAUUUCCCAAUCUGCCCUUGGAUAUUUCACCCCCUGCCAGUCAGCCUGAGUCUCCACCCCCUGCACCAUCACCUACCCCUCCUCCACCCCAACAAGUACAAUCCUCAACACUUCCUCCCCUAGCCCCAGUUAAAAUGUUCUCUGGAGGAUUCCCCCCACAAACGGCACCAAAACCCGCUGGCCCAGGACUACCAACAUCUCCUGUCUCUCCUGUCCCACCUGCCCAGCCAGUAGCUCAAAUGCAGCCCUCGGCAACUCCAGCUACGGUGAAAAAGCAGCAGAGCUUCUCAGCAAGCCCCACUCCAAAUCAGCCUCCACCCACUCUGCCGAAACAGCAUAGCUUUUCCAAUAAAGCUCCACCCUUAUCCACUCCGAUAUCUCCCACUCCAUCCCUGGUCAAACAGAUUGUGAACCAGUUCCCAGGUUCAUCUCCACCGGCACCCAGUGCCUUUGAGGGCUCCAAAUCCCCAGCCCCCCUGUCCCCCCCAGUUGUCAAAACAAAACCUAGGUGGCAGCCAGGUGGCCAAGUUCUGCAACAGUCUCCAGAGUUCCCCCCUCCACCACCAGACAGCAGUCUGGACUUCCCACCCCCACCCCCUCCAGUCGACCAAAGUCCUGCACCACCCAUACUUCCACCCACCAAGGUGGGGUCGCCAUUAAAGAAGUCCCCUUCCACAUCCUCGUCCAGCUCUGGUGGCAAGAAGCCCCCGCCGACGCCCCAGCGCAACUCGAGCAUCAAGUCAAGCUCCACGGUCGAUCACCAGGAGCCCAAGAAGGUGGAGAGUCUGGUCAACAGAUUUGCUCAGCCACCUUCUUGCAGCUCGCCUUUGUCACCUUCCUCCUCCUCAGGUUCUCCUUCCAAGGAGCCCCCAGCAGGCCCCUUGGCACCACCAAAACCUGGCAAACUCAAUCUGGCCAACCUGCCCCUGGCCCUCCAAGGCAAAGCAGGGCAACAGUGGCAGUCCAGUGGUGAUUUCCCUUCCCCUCCAUCAGAUGACUAUUUCCCCCCUCCCCCUCCUGACUCAGAGCUUCUGCCCCCACCCCCGCCCCCUGUCGACUCCCACAGUGGUGCCCCAAGAGUGGCUGUGGUCAACCCGCAGCCCCAGGUGCCCAACACCACCUCAUCCUGGAGCAAAAGCUCGAUGAAGAAAACCCCACCACCUACACUGAUCCGGCGCAGCACCACUACCACCCCGGAGCCGCAGGUCAUCUCACCACCUGCCCAGCAGACACACCCACCCCACUUUGGCUCCCAGCUGCCCCCCACCUCCCCUAAGGGGAACCUGAACAUCCAGCCAAACUUCCUGGAGGACCUAAACCGGACUCUGAAGCGCAAGUCCGUGACAAGGCACGGCUCUCUCACGUCCGCACGGAUGUCCGCCAAGCUGGAACCCGUGGCCACCAUGGAUGACAUGGCUCUGCCACCACCACCCCCAGAACUGUUGAUUGACCAGCGGAAGCAGAGCAGCUAUGCGUCCGGGAACAUCUCAGGCUAUGCAACACUUCGGCGGGGGCCUCCGCCAGCACCCCCUAAACGGGACCAAAGCACCAAACUGACAGGGGAGUGGUAGUUGAGGGGCCUGACGUGGUGGACUUAAAGACUCCUAUUCAGCACCUCUUGUCACUACCCAUGCAACACUGCGCAAAACUUCUCUUCUUCAUAUUGCAAAAUAAUUGGAAAGAACCUUACUAUUUGAAAAAAAGCAAAGCAAAGCAAAUCUAUGAGCUUUCCCACGUGUUUGUUGCAGCUUUGUAUUAAGAGCAACUAUACAAAACAUGACAAGAAGAAUGGAUUAUUGCAAAAUAGUAGUACUGCAUGGAUGCUAAUAAGGACUUGAUGGCACGGUAUGGGGGAGUCAGUGAAAAGAGUGUAUUUGAAGUGGGUGCAGAGGAGUAGUUUACCUUUUUUAUGUCAAAUUAUUUAAUAUACAGAAGUUUUUUUAUUUCAGAGUUACAUUUUUUUAACAUUUAUUCUCUAGGUUUUAAAUGUUCUUGGGUUAUGUGGAGAGAAGCGCUGCGCCAGUGUGGCAUGUGGUCAACUCACGGGCAGACGGGGUAUCUGGCUCAGCCAUCCACCGAUUACUGCUCCUCCUCUUUUGAGCCUGAGACUGGUCACACUGGUCGCAAUGGAGGAGGCCACAUAAGAACCAUGGGGGAGGGGUUAAAAGAUACCCCUAACCAUGUGAGCGUCACCCCUUGUCCCACAAAGGAUUGGACAGACGUGUAAGACAUUUCACCUGAAUGCAAAAGAACAGACUCUUGCUUAUUGCACCAAAUUGGUUGAAAACCUUUAAAAUGUGUAAUCAUUGUACAACUGGAAAAAUAACUAGUGACGUUGUCAUUCUGACCAUCUGUCCUGUUUGUCUGGAAGUUGAAAGAAACCCGGAAAGCGGACCAAAACACAGGUUUCCACCUGCCACAGCUGAUGCAGAGUGUGGGUUUGAGAAUGAGUCCGUGUUUAUGUUUAUCACAUAGCUGUCUGUACGUAUAGCUGCUGCUCCGACCUUUAAUGGCUCCCUUUGGCCUGCCUUCCUGCAAUGAUUGGCUUUAAAGGGUUUAGGGGUUAAAAAGGGAACAGUGAGAGGAGUUAAGGGGGUGGGGUGAUGGGGUAGGUUGGCAUCAUAGCCGAACGUCCACCAGAUUGCCUCUGCCAGUAGACAGUCAUGCAGUGUAAAUGUGUUUACACCCAGUUACAUUGUUUCACAUCAGGAUUACUGCACCUCAACUCAUGCCAUUUUAUGUUGAGGGGUGCGACAGUCAGUCCUUUCUCAUGUAAUCGCAAAGCAGGUGGCAGUGUGUGGUCAGCUGUGUGUGAUUGAUGUACAGUACAAAGAGUCAAGAGUCCCAGUCAGAGUUGUCUGUUUUAACUUUACAAGAGAGAAAUUAUGGACCAUGUCACUGCGGCACAACAGGCAUUCGGAAGCUAGAGUCUGGGAAAUGCACCCGGUGCUUUGUGGUAACAAACAUACACGUGUUCCUUUUUUUAUUCAGCAAUAGUUAUAUUAAAGUCUCUCAUUAUCCUUUUUGUUGUUUUUUUUUAAAUGUUUUGAUAAAGCUGAAUAAACAAUUUAAGUAUUAAAUUAUUGAAAUACACUAUCUAAUCUAGGAGGCCAAAGGAGCUCUUUAAAGUCAGGAAC